CCACUCACGCAGACCGGUCUCAACAAAAAGUUGACUUGACUCGGCGACUCGGUUGACUUUUAGUUUCGUUUUGAGUCUCGACGCUGGCGGUUGUGUGGCUGCUGUUUUCGUGAUCUUUAAAAGUGAAUUUAUUAGAGCCAUGCUGCGAGUCAGUUUGGGAUUGCUCCUCCUGUGGGCAGUGGCUACUUUGGGAAACGACAAUCUUCGCGUGGCGUACGAAUGGCGGGAAAUGGACUUCAAGUACGCCGAUCCCGACCAGAGAUGGACGGCCAUCGAGCGGGGUGAUUUUAAGCCGGCCAAUGUGAUUCCCUUUGGCCUGGAGGUCGCCGGCCAUCGGCUCUUUGUCACUUUGCCCAGAUGGAGGGCCGGAGUGCCGGCCUCGUUGGCCUACCUUGAUCUUAAUGAUACUUCAAGCAAGAGUCCUGCAUUGAAGCCAUACCCCAGCUGGCAGGCUCACAAUCUCAACGAUGCCGAACCGGAGUUGGUUUCUGCUUUCCGAGUGCGAGCUGAUCGCUGCGGACGCCUCUGGGUUCUGGACUCUCGGAUCUCUGGAGUUCUGGAGCAGACCAAGAUUUACGGAGCACCCCAGUUGUCGGUCUACGAUCUGCACAAUGAUGAUCUGCUGAGGCGCCAUGUUCUUCCCGCCGAUCAGUUGAAGCAGGGAUCCCUGUUUUCCAAUCUGGCGGUGGAGGACUCCGAUUGCGAGAACACCUAUGCCUAUGCAGCGGAUCUGGGCAGUCCUGGCUUGGUGGUCUACUCGUGGAAGGACCAGGAAUCUUGGCGUGUGCACCACCACUUCUUCCACCCCGAUCCAAUGGCUGGUAACUUCAGCAUCAAUGGCAUUGAGUUCCAAUGGGAUGAUGGUCUCUACGGUCUGGCUUUGUCGAAACCUCUGGAAACGGGCUACUCCACAUUGUACUUCCAUCCACUGUGCUCCACCAUGGAAUUCUCGGUGGAUACAGGAAUAUUGCGUAACAAAACCCUGGCCACUUCACCGAUGAUUUAUCGGGAGUUCAAUGUGUUGGGCUCCAGAGGUCCAAACACCCAGGCAGGAGCAGAAUUUUUGGAUCCGGAAACCGGUGUCCUUUUCUACGCCCUCCCCAAUCAGAAUGAAGUUGCCUGCUGGCGCACUGCCACCGAAUUUAAACACAGCACUCAGAGUCGCAUCUACAGGAGCAAUGAUACGCUGAUUUUCCCCAGUGACAUCAAAGUCGACGAUCAGAAACGUCUGUGGGUCCUUUCAAAUCAGUUACCCGUCUUUAUCUACGAUGAAUUGUAUCCCGGUUCCAUUAACUUCCGCAUUUUCACUGCCAGUGUAAAGGAGGCCAUCGAGAACACGGCUUGUGAAAUCAGAACCUCCCCUUUGCCAGAUGUUAUCAACAAGAUCGGGGAUAUACUCAACACGAAUAUCAAAUUGAAGUCCAGUUCGGCGGCUUCCCUGAGUAAUUUAGGAGCACUGAUGAUUUCUGGCUUCUGUUUGCUUUUGAGCUUUAGGAUGUAAAACCCAACGUACAAAAAUAUCUGGCGCACUCAAAGAAAUAAUUUUAAAAUUAUUUUUAAAACGUCUUAGAAACACAAAAGGUUCAGAAAUUCAAAAACAAAUCUUCGGUGGUUUUAACAACAUUUUUUAAUUCUACAAUGUAAGAAAUAUAUAUUUAUUUGAGUGCAUCUGUAUUAUGUUAAGUUUUAGGCUAAGAAAACUGUAACUUUGUUCGUGAUGUUGAUUAAAUGUGAGAAGUAUA